AGAAUAUUGUGAGCAAGAAAUGGAGAUCGAGUGAGUGACUCCUGGGUGCUGCAUGCUGGUCGUUUGUAAUAAAGAAUCAAGCAGUUAGUUCACUGCAUGCGAUCCACAAUACGGGGCAGAGAUGAAUGCCAUCCCGGGAGCAAGGGUCCUACAUCAAACUGAGGCAGUUUCUCGACAUCGGUGAAGUGUAGCACAGUAUUCAGGCUAAUUACUCAUUAGCAAGUGCUUUGGAGCAAGUACUGUACUCCAAACAGAGUGACAUGGCAACUGGAGGAGUGGAUUCGACGUGUUCGUCGCCGACUAAAAAGAAGCCUGCCAAGAUCGGAAUGUUCGAGUACGCGGACGGGAGCCAGUACCUGGGCGAGUGGAACGAGAAUGGUGAGCGAGAAGGUACUGGCCACCUGGUACUCAGCGACGGCACUCGCUACGACGGCUCCUUCAUCCAAGGGCUCUUCUCGGGCCUGGGCGUCCUCCGAUUCCCAGACGGCGCCAAAUACGAAGGGGAGUUCCUUCAGGGCUGGUUCCAUGGACACGGGAUUUUCUGGCGUGCUGAUGGCAUGAGAUUCGAAGGAGAAUUUCGAGGCGGUAGAAUUUGGGGGCAUGGGCUCGUGACGUUUGCUGACGAGACCCACGGAUUUCCUCGAAACGAAGGCUUCUUUCAAGACUGCAGGUUUCUGAGGAAAUACAGAUGCCCGAUCGUCAUUCACAGAGCGCAGAAAGUUGCUAUGCUGGCAAGAGCCAUUGUGGAUGCAUCUUGAUUUUUUGGUGAAUUUCGGAUUACGGAAUUGUGCUCGUUGAAGUAUAUUCUCGAUAAAUCAACAAGGAAUGGCCAUGAUUGAGAAAUUACGUGUAACAAUAUAUUCAGCCUUAUUCCAUACCUAAAAAUAACUUGUGGUAAUGAAUUGAUGUGAAAAUCAUCACUGUUUGAUUUGAACUUUCUUUCCUCCACGGCUCCAUCAUCCGAAUUCAAACCCACUGAUGAGUUGUGCCUCAGUAAUGAUUCCUCAAGUUGUCUUCUUAUAAGUGUACUCAUAAAACCAUGCAACUACCGUAUUAUGAUCUAUUCAAAAAAGGCUGCGUAUUUUAUUCGCAAAAAACUCGUACGAAUAUGCGAGUCUCUCACAGAAUUUUCUUCCACUGUAUACCGUUGUCAAUCAAUACUAUCCGGUUCGAUGUGUGAUGGAUUAAUAGAUAAUAUUCAACUUAAA